GCAGCAGCCUGAGAGCUCCCGCUCUGCUGCAAGGACAGCGACUGGUUAUUUCUCCCCCCUCCCCAGGGUGCGGAGGAUUUCCCCGACUGCUGCAUCCUGAUCCUACAGGCUUCUGCCUGCAGCCUUCCACGCGUCCGGGAACGCCUCUAGUUUCUCUGGUUGUUGGAAGCACACACACAAAACCCUCCUAACGAAAAUUUGGUCACCAUCGGCCUGACCAAACCGGCGUGUUUUUCCACUCGUAAAAAUGAAAAGGGGGCAUCGAUGUGCUGCUGGACUAAAUUACUCUUGUCAGCCCCUGGCCGUGGGGCUUCUGCUCUGCUCUGUAGUGCUGCCAUUCCAGGAAAGCAGUGUCGGCAGCCUCUCUUUUGAGCUCUGUUACUGUAGCAUCCUUUCACACAAAGGAGAUACAUAGGAAUUUAAUGCAUUACAGUUUCAGAGAUUUAAUCAGGCAUGAAAUUCCUGUGCAGCUCUUGUUUUCUGUUAAAAAAAGCAAACGGAACCUUCCAGAAGGUGCUGAAGUUGGAGGCACUACUGGAAAUUUUGUAGUUAGGUAUUUCUUUUUGUUUCAGGUUAGAGUUCAGAAAAGACAAGUCAACUGCUCUUUUUAUUUCAAAAUUGGAGCUUGUCGCCAUGGAGACAGAUGUUCUCGGUUGCACAACAAACCAACAUUUAGCCAGGAAGCGAUGCUGUUGUAAGCUUGCCUGUAGUAGAGACCAACCAGUGCUAACUUUCAGACCAUCUUGAUUCAAAACAUCUAUCGUAACCCCCAAAACAGUGCACAGACGGCUGACGGCUCACACUGUGCUGUGAGCGAUGUUGAGAUGCAGGAACAUUAUGAUGAGUUCUUUGAGGAGGUCUUCACAGAAAUGGAGGAGAAAUACGGCGAAGUUGAGGAGAUGAACGUUUGUGAUAACCUUGGAGAUCAUCUAGUUGGAAAUGUAUACGUAAAGUUCCGCCGUGAAGAAGAUGCAGAGAAGGCCGUGAUUGACCUGAACAAUCGCUGGUUUAACGGGCAGCCCAUCCAUGCCGAGCUCUCCCCUGUGACUGACUUCAGAGAGGCCUGCUGCCGUCAAUAUGAGAUGGGAGAGUGUACACGAGGAGGUUUCUGCAACUUUAUGCAUUUGAAGCCCAUUUCUCGAGAGUUGAGGCGCGAGUUGUAUGGGCGGCGUCGUAAAAAGCAUAGAUCCAGGUCGAGGUCCCGUGAACGCCGGUCUAGAUCCAGAGAUCGCGGUCGUGGAGGUGGAGGAGGAGGAGGCGGCCGUGAGCGUGACAGGAGGCGGUCCAGAGAUCGUGAACGAUCCGGUCGAUUCUGAGCCAUGCCAUUUUUACUGUAUGUCUGCUAGAAAGUGUUGUAGUUUGACCAAACAAGUUCAUAAUGACAUUUUUUUUAAAGAUGGGCUUCUGAAUAAAAAAUUUGUAGUGAUACAGUAUUCUUUGUGUAACUUGUUUCUUGUGGGGGGAGUCUUUUUAACUGUCAUUCCUCUAUCUUGACAAAUACAAAAAUGGAUUAAGUCUGCCUGAGGGAAAGGUGGUAAAUGUAUUGGAGGAGCGCCAGUUUUGGUUUGGGUUUUUUUUUAAUUUUAUUCGGGUAUAAUUUGAACUGUUGAUGAAAAUGUGUGUGUAUAUAAUAUAAAAUAUUAUAUACAUAGUAAAAAUAAUAUACUGCUUAAGAAACAGUUACUCACAUAAGUUUCCCUUUUCUGCUAUGCUGUCUGCUUAUUUAGGUUAGUUUAGGCACAUUUAAGAGGAAGGCUGUGCGAAAUGCAUUUAUUUACUGAGUAGAAACGCUUAGUUACAAAAAUGUAUGUUUGUUUGUUACCAGAAGUCUGUGCUCUGUCUAUCAAUGUGACUGUGGCAUUUACAAUAAAUCCAAUUUCUUGGUGUAAAAUCUAAAGCCUAUUUUCUAAGCACUCCGGAGUAGUUGAGUUGCUACUCCUGGCUGCCUAUUUUCUAAGCACUCUGGCGUAGUUGAGUGGCUGCUCCUGGCUGUGCCAGAGUUCAUAGUUCAGGUUUUUAUAAUUCUUGACUAAAUUCCUUUCUUUAGCUGGAAAGAAAGUUGCCUAGUGCAGUGUGGGGAAAAAAGAGUAUUUUUAUUGCAAUGAUUCAUAAUAGGCAGGUGAGGGUUUUGUGAAAAAAAACCCACCAAAAUUAAUGCUCCAUGCAGCAUGACAGAGAAGUGCUAUUGAAGGAAAUGCAAGGUCUUGAAUGCAAGGAUCAAAUUUCUUAACAGAUUUUUUUUUUUCCUAAUCUGUGCUCUCUCACCUGUCAUUUAAUGAAAACCAUUUUGUUUAGCGUUCAAGGUCAUAGAAAACUAAUUGGAUGCUAGUGGAAAAUAAGUCUUUUUUUCCACCUUUCUGAUGGUCUGGAGUGUGAUAAGGCUAAUGGACAGAUGGCAGUUCCUUCACAAGUACUUUUUUUUUUUUUUCUUUUUGAGCUUGAAUUGCACAAUCGCUGAACAUCAUAGGUUGUGUCCCAAAGUGCUAAAGCUUCAGUGGAAAUGUUGGAAUUCUGAGAGAUAGUUUGUACAAUGGUUGACUUGCAGUUUCACUUCAUUUAUGUCUGCUUUUCUUCAAAGUGUAACGUAGCAAGACAUUUUGGUCAUCAUAUUUCUGCAAAAUAGAACUUUAUGUACACAAAGCUACGCAAUAAACCACAGCUUUCCAGUGGGGGAGAGAAUUUGCUAGAGCUUCCAUAGUUCUGAGCCAGAUAACUUGGUAAAUGAUCAAUCUGCUCCUUGGUGAUUCUUUUAAAAAAUUGGAAAUAGGAUACAGAUGCAUCACAUAGUCAGAUGAUUAACAAACCAGCUUCUUUCUGGCUCUUAAGUAUAAAGCCAUUUUUCUCACUGAAACUUGGAAAACAAAACAAUAUUGAAAAAAUGAGCUUUUCUAAAUUAAUCUGCUUUGCUUCUUAAACUAAAUUCUUGCACCAGUUCAAUUCGAAUUUUUUUUGUUCCCACUGGAUGGUUUGGCCAACCAGACUUUGGAACUUGGUGUGCCAGGACCCUUUUUGAAGAAAUAUCACUCAAGCAGUGAAGCCCAUCUCCACAUGAUGUUUUGUUGUAAGUACAUAAAUCAAAUGAUGCUUUACUGGAAGAAAUUAAGCAGUGCCUGGCAUUAAAUGACAGCUGAAAUGUAUUUCUGCUGGGCAUUAGGAAUUUCACAUUGAUAAUUUAGUUAUUAGAGUUUAUAGGAUAUUAAUCCAGUUCCAUAUUUCUCUUAAGUGAGAUUCAGGAUUAUUAGUGAGCUAAUUUAAAUCUCAAGCUACAAAAGGUGAGGAUAGUUUUUGAUUUUUAAACAGUAUCUAAUGCAAUGUGGAUGCUCUUUAAAAAGUUUAAGAUUUGCUCUAUAAAGCUAGUUUAAGAGUUAGUUGUUUUAUAAAGUUAGUUUUAAACAAGUACAAAUGUGUCCUUGUAAUGGCUUUAAUCUGUUUAUCUAAACCCUGUUUCACUGCAGGUAUAUUUUUGCAUGAACAGAUAGUGGAAGGUUGAUUUCUCUCUCCCUCAAUAGAAUUUUACUUAAGAAAGCAUUCUAGAAUUCUACCAAAUGUAUAAUUCUAUGAUCUGAUUGCACAGCUGCCCAAAAAUUCCCCAUGUAACUGGAAUAUGUCAGAAUGGGCACUGAAAGCAGCAGCUUUUACUGGAUAGUCUAAUGGGUGCCUAGUGACAGCAUUCAGUACAUAAACUAAGCUCAUGACAUAUCUUGUUAGGCUCACCUUUUGAGACUGUGCUACCAGUAAAUUUCAUCCAAUUUGAAAUUUAAACUGUGCCAGUUUGGUUAAACAUUGGCACCUGAUAGACCCAAGUGUUGGUUCACCAAUACAAACCAAGUGGAAAUCCUACCUCCCCCUUCUCUUGUUGCCCACAAUGUCUUUAAAAUUUGUUUUUCCCCCCUCCUUCCCAAGGUUCCUACUUCUCAAAUAUUUCAUUGUUGACUCUUCUGUUAAACAGUGGAUCUUAAUUUCUGAAAUUCCUUUACCUCAAAUAAGUGACAGCAUACAGGAUUUUCUGAAGACUGAGUCAAUUAGGUUAAAACUGUUAAUCCCAAGUGGCUUUCUCUUCUUUGUAUUUGGCUCUUACUCUGUGAAAAUGCUGCUUGUCCAUGAAUAUGAUGUAUGUUGAGACUGUAAAACCAAAUGGAGAAAACUUGUUCAAAAUAAAGCCUUUUUUUAUAAGAAUCUGA